AUGGGCCCGCCAGGAACUUCAAGACAACGACUAAGGUAUGAAAUCCAGUUGGCAUCCCAAUGUUUGAACGAGUCCAGCAUGCAUUUGAAAGCCAUUGCUUAUGGACAAAAAGAGAGUUCUGCUUCACCCGUUUCAACUAUCUUCAUAUCUGAAACUGAAACAUGUUCAGUGGUCGUUCUUCCCCACCCAAAUGGUUUGAUAACUUGCUGUCUACCGUGCAUCACCUUUGGCCAAAUCGCAGAAGUUGUGGAUGAAGGGCGUAGCUCUUGCGUUGGACAAGGGUGUGCCUAUGGGUUACUCAUGUUGGUUGCGUGUCACUGGCUCUACUCGUGCCUUUACAGAGAGAAACUGAGGGCAAAGUUUGGGUUACCAGCAGAACCUUGUUGUGAUUGCUGUGUUCAUUGCUGCUGCGAUGUUUGUGGCUUAUGCCAAGAACAUGCCGAGCUUAAAGCAAGAGGCUUUCACCCUUCCAAAGGUUGGAUUGGGCCAUCAAAUGCUCCUCCUCCAAUGCCUCCUUCUAUGAUUAGAUGA